AAUACGGUAUUGAUUCACGGUGACUCGCUCUGUGUCCCACACAACCUCGAGGCGAACUCUUUCAAUGAGAGAACACAUACACUACAGAAUGAAAUGGUGUUCGCCCUUUAGCGUGUAUAACAAUGUGUGUUUAACUUGACAAGGUUAAUAUUUGAUCGCUAACCUUUAUCUACAUCAACAACUACCUCAAGAACUCUACAACAGACAGUGGUGUUUUCUGGAUUGUCAACCGAUCAGCCUGCCCGGUCGAAGAAACAUUUCUUCAGUACAAAUCAACUUUCGGCACCCAGCCUGCAAGCAGGGAGUGUGACGGCGCAAAAGAAUUGGAUGGACACAUUAUACGGAUGGGCACCAUCCACGAUGAAACCAAAACUAGAACAGCGAUCGUACGUCCACCACAGCGGCUAUAAUGGUUUCAGUGCGCUAGAUAGAGUCGGAGUAGUGGCUCAUGAGCUUCAUACUGGUGAUAUAGUCCAGCUAGAAUCGAGGGCUACGGGAGGACUUCUUCGAGUGAACUCCAUCUCGGGAAAAGUAGAUUUUAACGGCAUAUAUGGAAAACAAUCCCAAUUCAUCGUAAGGAGUGAAGUUGAUGGUAGCAUUACAUUACGAUGCGUUUUGAACACAUCCAACUUCCUCAUCCUAAGAAAUGGCAUCCUUUACGCAAAUGGGAAAGGUGAUCCUCAGUGCCGAUUCAAAUACCGACUCGCUGAGGGAGGAAGUAGCUAUAUGAGGUUCGAAUGUCUUCACAACCCAAACCGCUUCAUCUCCGUGCAUAAGAAGUCGAACGGCAACGACGAUACCCGAUCGGUAUACAGCAUGCGAUCGUUGAGAUCGUCCGGAAGCGGGGUCGAAGGGCAAUUUCGGGUCGUCAUGGUGGGUCGUACCCCUCAGGGCUAUGCGUCGUGAUGUCAUUUCCAAACCGUUACGAACGUGACAAAAGGAUGUUAUAAAUUAUGACUUUGUAAAUGCCCUUUAUAUGGGACUAUACGGAAAAGACGGUUAGCGGUCACUUUAAGUUUUACGCUGACAUCACAAAUCUGCAUGUUUCGUUAUUGUGAAAAUGGGAAACAGUUCUAGAAUCUUAUCGAGAUGAUUAACUAGGAUGACGCCCUAAAGUUUGGAGACUCGUAUCUUAUCAUCAUUGUGUGCCGUUCUGGAAAAUCCUCAAUUCUGACAGCUCCUGGGAGUCAACUCAGAGUUUUGACUAGGAAUUACUUCGAGUCAAUGCAACGCGGAAAACUGGUCAUUUGUGCCGUUCUCAAAAAUUCUCAAUUCUGACAGCUCCUGGGAGUAAACUGAAAGAGUUGAUCGACUAAGAAUUAUUUCGAGUCAAUGCAACGCAGGAAACUGGUCAUUGUGUGCCGUUCUCAAAAAUUCUCAAUUCUGACAGCUCCUGGGAGUCAACUCAGAGUUUUGACUAGGAAUUACUUCGAGUCAAUGCAACGCGGAAAACUGGUCAUUUGUGCCGUUCUCAAAAAUUCUCAAUUCUGACAGCUCCUGGGAGUAAACUGAAAGAGUUGAUCGACUAAGAAUUAUUUCGAGUCAAUACAAUGCGGAAAACUGGUCAUUUUUACUCUGAGAAGAGUUUUUUGGUCACGUUUGACACCAAAGCAAGAAGAAUGUAGAAUGCAGACACGAUAACUUUGCAUGUAUACGUUUAUUCACUUAGAAACAACUUGCUUUUAUUGCAGAAUAGUGAAAUUAAGGUUAAAUAACCUUUUUGUACACUGUUUUUGUUGAAGUUGACCAAUAGCCAUUGGUUUGUUUUAGCCGUUAUGGCGCAAGUAUAUAACCCUUACAAAAUACAGAUGAUAUGUAUUGCAACAAUUUUUUUAAUUGCAGAGCAAUUAUGCAAAUUAUUUUGAGACCAAAUCCUGAUCACUCAUGUUGCCUCUCGUGUUUUCUUUUCGUGAUGUCACAUUGGGAAACCCCGAAAUGUCCCCAUUUUAUAAUCUGGUAUACCAUGUCAUACAGUAGGCCUAUAAUCUUUGAAAUUCAAGUCGACUCAUGCAUGUCACAGAACAACAUGUUUGGUUCUCAGAUGAUCUGAAUGCUUUAGGAUUCUGUGGUCAAUUUUUUUUCUUUAUCUCGGGAAAGUCAAGGAUAGCACAGAUUUCCACCAGAAUGUUUCCCAACUAUCAGCUAAUAUCUGUCAAUCUUUAGAAAGAAAAAAAAAGAUCGUUUCGACUGCUUUUUGUCAGCUUUAGUCAGAUAGCCCUAUGUGAUCCCGAGAAAUCUGUCGCCCUUCCUUCAAGUUUUGCUGAAUUAUAAAUGCUUUUGUUUUGUAACAAUAAGCCAAGAAAUUACAGUUAAUUUGGUAUUAAAAAAAUACAAUUUGAAUUUUGCAAUGCCGACAGUUUUUGUGCAGUGAGCUUAGGUGUUUUUUUUUUAAGAAAUAUUUACAAUUUGUUACAAAAAUUGCUGCAUGAUUGACCCAUAAAUAUACGCAUAUUAUUUUUGUCAACAAAUUCAUUUGCCACUGUGAAUACUAUUUUAUAUGAAGAAAUGUAUGUAUAUUGAGUGUAUUUUUGUAUAUGUCCAAAGUCUUGCGUAUAGUUCACACUGGCCUAUAAAUAUAUGUACAAUAUGUAAUUUUGAAAAAUAAAGUUGAACACUGUUCCAAAAAGAAAAGGAAGUUGUGUUAUUAUUGCAACACUCUAACGCUUUCGUAA